UGGCUGGACAAACAACAGUGAGGGAGUGUAAGAGCAAGCGAGAGCGCUUUAAUACUGACACUAAUCCAAUCGAUGUACCACUAGGUCAACAGAGUGGCACUCAGGUCUUCUCCCCAGGCCUUGUAUAUGUCUUUAGUCUUAGGAAAUAUUAUAUCAUUUAGCAUUGAAGACUAUUUUUCAGAAUAGCUUGAAUUGCAUAGGAGCUUGAAAUGCAGGAGGAGCAUUCAUAAAACAUUUUCCUAAUAAUUUGAAUGUUAUUGUUGUUGCCUUUACAUUCCUUUCUAUUGUUCUGCUCAUGCAGGUCUUGGAGUUGAAGUAACAGUAAUCUCUUGAGAGUCAUUCUGUUUAGCUGCCUUGUUCCAGUUGUCUGCCGGUUAUGCCGGUGGUGUUGUCGCUGGAGGAAAGGAUUAGCCAGGCCUUAGGGCUUAGUGUAAAUAGCCCUCUCUCCAUGUUGGAGAGAUCAUUCCCACAAAUCCCAAGCGGGAGAAUUCCUGAGGAAAAUAAACACCUUAAAUCACCACAUUAACUGUUUUUGGCUUGUGAUCUGGUGACCUCAACAAGGGAUUUUCAAACUCAUUUUUCAAUCUGUUCUCUUUGGAUGAUAAUCUAAUGUUCUUAGAGCCGGUUUCACCACACUUCACAGAGACUGAAAAACAAGCCAUGUGCCAGGAUGAAGAGUUGACGAGUGAGGUUGCCCUCUCGCAGUGACGCUACGAUCGGGCACUAUGAGGCUGGCCGCACUGCUUCUCUUGCUGUUGGGCUCUUCAUAUGGAGUGGUCACCCAGGUGUCCCUUCUUGAUGCAGGAGCAGAGGAGGAAGCAGAACAAGGCAGUGGUGUAGAGCCAGAGAUUGUGGCCGAUACCUACUGGUCAGGCACUGCUCCGGUGUGUGUGGGAGGAUGUAAGGGAAGACAUCGCGAGCUGAAGAGGGAUCCCUGUGGCAACUCCGACUGCUGCUGGUUUGGAUACAAAUCUUUCUGCCGAGUAAACUGUGGUCAGCCUGAUGUGGACGUGAAUGGCUUUGUCUAUGGGAAUGACUGGUGGGUGGACUCUGUGGUGCGGUACGUCUGCCGACCUGGCUUCAUGCUCAUCGGUGACCCUGCACGGGCCUGCCAGUCAAACGGGAAGUGGACGGCCAAACCCUCCUGCCUCAGGGUUUGUAGGCGCGGGCGGGUGGAGGUGAGUGAGCGGGAGCUGGACGGGACCUGCACCUCCUCCUGCGCCACCAAGUCCUACGAGGGCGAGCCCAAGCGAGGCUGCAGCCGCAUCACCGACUGCCAGAAGAAGGAGUCGGGCUGGAAGCGCUGGUUCACCGGCUGUGACACCUGCCAGUGCGACUGCUUCAUCUCCUGUGGUGCGUUUCGGUGUACUCACCCACAUUUGUUGGGUCUAGCUUUCCACUACUGUUGGACAGAAUCUGCCAGUAGGUGUGAUCAGCAUCGUUUCCAGCCACACCGUUCACUUUCUCAAGGUAAUACCCGUAGUCAUUAUUGUAUGUCACAUUGUACCUAUGAACAAAAACAAAGGGACAGACGGGAGAUUUAACCAAACCAGGGUACACCUGCAUUCAGCAUGAUGCAAUAUCAUAGUAAUAGAUAGCGUUAGAUUUCAUUACAGUAGGCUACAUUUUGGCAUUCAGUGAACAAAGAGAAACUUUUUUUGUUAUCUUGUUUAUUAAGGUCAUGACUUGUCUAAUCCCGUCCUGAAUUCUAGACCAUGUCUUGUCUCGACUUACUUGAAGUCCUGGUUACAUUCCGUUAGCCUUUUCAUAGCACCCAGGAGAAUACCACCUGGCCUCAUCAAGGUUUUAUAAUUCCCCUGUACAUGUUCAUUGCUGAUCUUGUCUUGGACAGUGAUAUGGAUUUCUACAUCCGGGUAUUGCUCUAAAAGAAAAAAAAGUCAUCAUAAUAAUAUAUGGUUAGUGUGUAGGAAAUAAUGUUAUGUGAAGUUAAAUCAUUGUUUCCAUUUAAAUUCAGUACCAUAGUGUCAAUGUUAAGUGGAAUACUGAGUGCCAAGACAAUUGACUGCUCAAAAUAUUUUAUUUUUGUAAUGUAACUGUAUUUUACGGAGCCCCCGAAGGACCAUAGUGGGAAUUAUUAUUUUUUAGAGGUCCCUUUUGUGUUCCUUGCAAUACUUUUGCAUUCCCUUCACAAUAUGUUUUGCGUUCCCUCCCUUACAAUACUUUUGCGUUCCCUCGCAACACAUUUUGCGUUCCCUCGCAAACGUUUGCACUCCCUCACAAAGUCAAUGGUAUUUGGUGGGAACACAAGUAUUGCGAGAGAACGCAAAGGGGGCUCUAACAAUAAAUUCCCACAGAUAAUUCCCUCCAUGGUCCUUCAGGAGUAUCACCAUGAACGUGUUUGUUAUUUUAUGCCAGUAUUGCAUGUGUAAGGACAUAAAAUUGCUUUUUCAAGAUGCAAGCCCAAACCUUUUCAAGAAUACAGUUAUAUUUCAAAUAAAUUCAUAAACAGAUACAAUUCCAUGACCCCCGACACCUGGUAAUGUAUUGGGCUUUUAUGAGAAGUAUUUCUACCACAAGCUUUCACUCACCAGCUGUAAUCUGGAGCCCCAGAAGCUGCACCAGAGCUGUGAAGCAGAGAACAGUGAAGAGUCUCAGAGCCAUCCUGUUUAUCAAUAGUCUUUACUGGUGCUGGUUCUUUUACUUGCAGCUGUAUUCCAGCGUUUCCCCUGUAGCAAAAGAUCCCAAAUAUCUAGGGCGUACUCUUGGUGUCUGCUGCCUUAUAUACACAUUCGUAAUCAACACAAUGACUUAGCAAUCUGUCCUUAUGACAAUGUCAGAACCAGGCCCUUUUUAUCAACUUCAGUGUUGUUUGCUUGAUUCUGACAAGCUUAAUCUUUAAUCUUAAACAAAUGUACAUUUUAAAAAUAAACAUUUUACU